GUAAAGCUAAAAAUAGAUUCAACUUCAAAACCAUUAAACUACUCAACUUUAUUUGCCUCCUUCCAAUUCCAUUCUGCAUGCAACUCCACAAAAUUUUAUAAGAUUUCCAUUUCUACACCCUCUUUGUGUCCACAUUAAAAUUUAUGAUCAAUCUCCGGAUUUUCAAAUUACAGAUUAAAAAAAUAUAUAUAUAUUCAUGAAGAACAUCGAUCAAUCUUGAAUGAAUGUAGUAUAUGAUAUAGAUUUCUAAAGAAGACAUAUAUAUAUCACAUAGAAAAAGAAAAACAUCAAGGUAGAUGGCAACUUCAUCAGGGUCACCAAAAAAAUCAUCAUCAUCAUCAUCAUCAUCAACGGCAAGCCGGCCACCUAAUCAGGGCAUCAAAUUUGCUCGACGCACAUCAAGCGGCCGUGUUGUGAGCUUGUCCCGGGACGAUGACUUGGACAUGUCAGGCGAGUUUGCAGGGCCAAAUGACUACAUCAAUUACACGGUGAUGAUGCCACCUACACCAGACAACCAGCCCGGUGCAGAUUCAGAAACCAAGCCAGAUGGUGGCCCCCAAAGGCGGAGGACCGGAGAUGAGGAAGGCGGUGGUAAUGCCACCGCCACCGGAGCUGCAAAGAUGGACAGGAGGGUGUCAGUGAUGAAAUCUUCCAACAACAAAUCAAUGUUAUUGAGGACCCAAACUGGGGACUUCGAUCACAACCGCUGGUUGUUCGAGACUAAAGGGAAGUAUGGCAUUGGUAAUGCGUUUUGGUCAGCCGAGGACGAUGAUUAUGGCUCCGAAACUGGUAUGAGCAUGUCUGAUUUUUUGGACAAGCCAUGGAAGCCACUCACUAGGAAGGUUAAGAUUCCAACCGCUAUUCUUAGUCCUUACAGGUUACUAGUGCUGAUCCGAGUAGUAGUUCUAACUUUGUUCCUCACAUGGCGUAUCCAAAACCCCAAUCGAGAUGCAAUGUGGCUAUGGGGCAUGUCCAUUGUGUGCGAGUGUUGGUUCGCCUUCUCAUGGCUCUUAGACAUUCUUCCCAAGAUCAACCCCAUCAACCGAGCCACUGACCUUGCUGCCCUCCGUGACAAGUUUGAGCAGUCCUCCCCAUCCAACCCUCAUGGUCGCUCUGACCUCCCUGGUAUUGACAUCUUUGUCUCCACUGCCGAUCCUGAGAAGGAACCUCCUCUUGUCACAGCCAAUACCAUUCUCUCCAUUCUUGCUGUGGACUACCCAGUCGAGAAGCUUUCAUGCUAUAUUUCAGAUGAUGGUGGCGCCAUACUCACAUUCGAGGCCAUGGCCGAGGCUGUUCAAUUUGCCGAGGUUUGGGUGCCCUUUUGCCGCAAACACAACAUUGAGCCUAGGAAUCCAGAUAGUUACUUUAGCAGCAAAACUGAUCCCACGAAGAACAAGAAGCGUCCUGAUUUCGUCAAGGAUCGGCGUUGGAUCAAGAGAGAGUACGAUGAGUUUAAGGUUAGGAUAAAUGGUCUCCCUGAAGCUAUACGUAAGAGGAGUGAAACGUAUAACUCCAAGGAGGAAAUGAAGGAGAAGAAGCUUGCCCGUGAGAAAAAUGGAGGAGUGUUGCCACUGGACCCCAUUAGUUUCACCAAGUCUACGUGGAUGGCCGAUGGCACUCACUGGCCGGGGACCUGGCUCAAUCCUACGGCUGAUCAUUCAAAGGGAGACCAUGCUGGAAUUUUACAGGUGAUGAGUAAGGUUCCAGAAAAUGAAACAGUGAUGGGUCAUUCAGACGAGAAAAAAUUGGACUUCACUGGGGUGGACAUUCGGCUACCAAUGUUUGCAUAUGUCUCAAGAGAGAAGCGGCCAGGAUAUGACCACAACAAGAAAGCCGGUGCCAUGAAUGCCUUGGUUCGAGCUUCAGCAAUACUGUCCAAUGGUCCAUUCAUACUCAAUUUGGAUUGUGAUCAUUAUAUCUAUAAUUCUCAAGCUCUGAGGGAAGGGAUGUGCUUCAUGAUGGACCGUGGAGGUGACAGGAUAUGCUACAUACAGUUCCCCCAGAGAUUUGAAGGGAUUGAUCCAUCUGACCGAUAUGCAAAUCAUAACACUGUCUUUUUCGAUGGAAAUAUGCGAGCUCUAGAUGGUCUUCAGGGCCCGGUAUACGUGGGAACCGGCUGCAUGUUCCGGCGAUAUGCACUCUACGGUUUCCACCCACCUAGAGCAAACGAGUACUCAGGCAUGUUUGGGCAAUUAAAAUCCCCAGCUCCCAAUAUUUCUGCAAUGCAGUCAUUGCAAUCUGAUCAGGAAGAGGACUUAGACACACAGCCCCUAACAUCACACCCUGACUUGAACUUGCCAAGGAAGUUUGGGAAUUCCACUGUGCUCACGGAGUCCAUAGCCAUUGCAGAGUACCAAGGAAGACCACUUGCUGAUCACAUUUCUAUUAAAAAUGGUAGGCCUCCAGGGGCACUGCUCCUGCCCCGCGCACCACUUGAUGCGCCCACUGUUGCUGAGGCAAUUUCUGUCAUCUCUUGCUGGUAUGAGGACAAGACUGAAUGGGGUGACAGGAUAGGUUGGAUUUAUGGAUCAGUGACAGAGGAUGUGGUAACUGGCUACAGAAUGCACAACCGUGGGUGGCGAUCUGUGUAUUGUGUCACAAAGCGUGAUGCUUUCCAUGGCACAGCACCUAUUAAUCUCACUGAUCGACUGCACCAAGUCCUUCGAUGGGCCACUGGUUCUGUUGAAAUCUUCUUCUCUCGGAACAAUGCAUUUCUUGGAAGCAAACGCCUCAAGUUCCUACAACGCAUUGCAUACCUCAAUGUUGGUAUCUACCCCUUCACUUCCUUCUUCUUAGUUGUAUAUUGCUUCCUUCCCGCGCUUUCUCUCUUCACAGGAAAUUUCAUUGUUCAAAGCCUAAACAUCUCGUUCCUUGUCUAUCUCCUUACCAUCACUGUUACUCUCACUCUCAUCUCCCUCCUGGAAGUCAAGUGGUCUGGUAUAGGCCUUGAGGAAUGGUGGAGAAAUGAACAAUUUUGGGUCAUUGGUGGCACAAGUGCUCACCUUGCUGCUGUGCUUCAGGGUCUCCUAAAAGUUAUAGCCGGUAUUGAAAUCUCUUUCACAUUAACCUCAAAGUCUGGUGGUGAAGAUGAAGAUGACAUAUAUGCUGAUCUUUACAUUGUGAAGUGGACAAGUCUAUUCAUGAUGCCAUUAACAAUCAUGGUAGUCAACCUGGUUGCUGUUGUUAUUGGAUUCUCCAGGACCUUAUACAGUGUGAUACCACAAUGGAGUAAGCUGAUGGGAGGAUUGUUCUUUAGCUUCUGGGUGUUGGCUCACAUGUACCCAUUUGCCAAAGGUUUGAUGGGGAGGAGAGGAAGAGUGCCCACAAUUGUAUACGUGUGGGCAGGGCUGGUUUCAAUUACAGUGUCUUUGCUUUGGAUAUCAAUUAGUCCUCCAGACGAUACUGCCACUACCUCAGGUGGAGGUGUUCAGAUAUAAUAUAAGUUGGUCAGGAUAUACGAAGGAUUAGAAUCUGAUAUGAAAA